UGGUCACGUGGCAAACCGGGAAACGAGUGAAACCAAACAAGAGAGAGCGGAUAAAGUUUAACUUUUUUAAUGUAGAUUUUUAAGUCAACAAUAUGUGUGUGUGUCACGAAGAAUAAAACGAAAUCAGGAGCUCUGGAUUUAGAUAAAUUAAUGCCCCGGAAAGCGAAGAAGACAGCCAAACCUCCUCUGUUGUUCCUGGAGCAGCCUUCAAGUGGAUCCAGACUGAAAAAUGUGCCUGAAGUCCGAGCAGCUCUGAACCCAAAAGAGUUUUUCUCAGAGGAAACAGCAGGGAGCAGCUCGGCUCUGCACGCAUGGGUGAGCCCACAGUUUGACAGGUCAGCGUUCGCCGCUCUUCCAGCCAGACGAGGGAGGAGGAGGUGCCGGUCUGCUGCCAGCAUCCUCGACUCCUGCACUCAGCCGCCCAGAAAGACCAGCGUGUGCAGAUACCCGGCGCUGUCGUUUCAGACCAGGCCAAGAGACCAGCGGGCUGGCGUGUCCGGGACGGGGAACAAACCAAAGAAACCAAGGUGCUCUGACACACGUGAAAGACCGACGGACUCGGUCAGGAAACGGAGACAUGAGGCUGAGACGAGCUGCAGGAUCCCAGCAGGGGCCCCUCCUUCCACGCCUCCCGGCGCCGUCGACCCCCCGCCGGAUGUGGAAACUCCAGAAGUCAUCCGUGAAGAGAGCAGACGUCCGCCGCACGCAUCCGGACACUUCCUGCUGAACCGGCCGCCCUCGCCUCCGUGCGUCCAGCCGCCCGACACUUUGGCGGCCGACACUCCGGAGAGGGAUUAUGGGGUGAAGGUGACAUGGAGGAGGAGGAGGAGGAUGAUGGAGUCCCUGAGAGAGAGGGGCCAUCUCUCCGAGUCCGACACGCUCAUUCAGAACAUAUAAACAGUCCUCCAGGAACUCCAUAAAGUUCUCUUUGUACACCGAACAACUGAGUUUUGCUGCUAUGUUUUUAUAAACGUUCACAAUUAUUGAAUUUGAAGUUUGACACUGAAACAUUAUGUCUCAACAAACGGUAUGAAUUAAAUCUCACAAGCUCUUCAAAACCAACAACAAUGGAAUCAUGUAGAAAUAAAAAUUUCAGCUCACUUCAAAUUAUAUUUUCUGCUUAGGGGUUAAAAUCCACAACAGAUUUAGAAGCAUUUCUUAAAUACUGUGCAAACUAUUUGAAUUUGGUUUGUGGUAAAUGUGUGACUCAU